UUGUCACUUUUAGGCUGUUCUAGUGCUGAACUGGGAGGAUGUUUGGAGGAGUGGAAUCCAGAACGUCUGAAAUCAAUACUUAAGGACUGUAGGAUCUCAGUGCACGUUUCGAGAGAAUCUAACCUUAACUUCGUGUCAAAAAACUUUGAGUAUGAAUAUAUGACCGUUUUAGAGAUGUUUGAGAGGAUCGAGAGGUCUCAGAAGGGUCUGGACGAGGAGCCAGAGUACUUGUACUACAGGUCACUGGGCCACAGGCCAAGGAAGGACCCAGCGACACUGGAAUCAGUCCACCCAUACCUCGAGGAGACCUUCAAGCUCCCCAACUCAAUCACAGAAGCUUUGGAAAAGUCCCAGGUGCACUCAACCGUGUUCAGGAUUUCGCAGUGCGGCCUCGAGCUUUGGACCCACUACGACGCUGUAGACAACUUCCUGGUCCAGGUGCACGGCCACAAGUUAAUACUGCUGUUUCCUCCAUCAGCGUUGCACAAACUGUUAAUAACGGACACGUCGUCACCAUAUCGCAACAUUUGUAAAUUUGAAAGUAACAACAACAAGGACUUAUUAUCGGCCUAUGAUGAAGCCCUUAAAGUCCUGUUAAGUCCAGGGGACAUUCUAUUCAUUCCACCAGCCUGGUCACACGCAGUGCACACCAAUUCCGCUUUUAAACAGGAUGCACCGAGUAGUAUCGAAGUGUGCGUAUCAGUUAACGUGUUCUUCCUGGAUCCUGCAGUGAACUAUUUUUCAAAGAACAUCUACGGAAAUGAAGACCCGAUGCCAAUUAAAAGGGCCUGCGACAUGCUGCGAAGUGACUUUUCAAAGCUCUCCUCACAGUUGCCAAUAAACCUUCAAAAGGCGUUUUGGAGCAAGGUCGCAGCAAUAUCUUUAGACUACCUCAAUAAGCUAUAA